AUGCGGCUGCAGCGGUGCCUAAAGGGAAACGCGUUGGAGGCAGUUCGAAGCCAUCUGAUGCAUCCAUCUUCUGUACCGUUAAUCAUCGACACGUUGAAAACGCUGUACGGACGUCCAGAGCAAAUCAUCAACUCUCUACUUUCCAAGCUUCGCGCGACGCCGACCUCAAAAUCGGAACACCUGGAGAGUCUGAUCGGUUUCGGUUUGGCAUGCAAAAACCUUUGCAGCCACCUCCAAGCAGCGGGUCUACAGGACCACCUUUCGAAUCCUCUGUUGCUUCAGGAGUUGGUGAGUAAGCUGCCAGCUACCCUCAAGUUAAACUGGUCGCUCUUCAAGCGGCAAUAUGCCAUCGCAGAUCUCACCACGUUUGGCAGCUACAUGGACCAGAUCGUGACAGCCGCCAGUGAAGUGACGUUUCUCAACGAAGCAGAUGGACAUCGUGGCAAGCAGGAGAAACCGAAGACGAAGGAGAAAAUGUUCGUGCACACCUCUGAGGAGAAGGCAGUGGAAAGCGUUUCCGCCAACCGUCAGGAGAACAAGCCGAAACCCUGUGCGGCCUGCAAGAAGGACGGACACAGAAUAAAGGACUGCCACUCCUUCCGGAAGAUGCAACUUGCAGAUCGCUGGAAACUAGUGCAAGAGCGAUUUCUCUAUCGUCGCUGUUUGGGCUCUCACGGAAAGUUCCCAUGCAAGGCAAGCAACUGUGGGGAGAAUGGUUGCGAGGAUCGUCAUCACAAGCUUCUUCAUCCAGGGAAUCCACAAUUAUCCCGAGCAACCGACACUCCAAAGACUACAAGCACGGUUACCGUUCAUCGGCAGUUCCAGCAAGCUGUUCUGUUCCGUAUUACUCCGGUGUCGCUACACGGAAAUGGCAAAACCAUCAGAACGUACGCCUUUCUCGACGAUGGUUCAUCCAAAACUCUGGUGGAAGCGCAGGUAGCAGAAGAACUUGGGGUCACCGGAGCCAUACAUCCACUCUGCUUGCAGUGGACCAGUGGUGUUGAACGAGUGGAAGACGAUUCACAAGUGAUAAAGCUGCAGAUUUCCGGUGCAACGAACUCAACGAGGCUCGAUUUGAAGGAAGCGCAUACCGUUAAGAGUCUCAACCUUCCAGUGCAGUCGUUGGAUUUCAGCCAACUUUCCGAACAGUUUCCGCAUCUGCAAGGACUACCUGUCCACAGCUACACAGACGCCGUUCCUACGAUCCUGAUCGGUUUGGACAAUUCCUUCGUGAUGACAACCCGGAAAAGCAGAGAAGGAGCUAGAGGCAGCCCGAUUGCAGCAAAAAGUAGAUUGGGCUGGACAGUCUAUGGAAGCACAUCCACAGAAGUUGAGCAGUCCGCUAACCAGCUAUUCCACAUUUCCGUCCGUUCGCCCGAACAAGAGCUCCACGACCUCGUGAAGGAGUUCUUCGCAUUGGAAAGUGUGAAUGCUACAUCUUCUGCAAUAGAAAACGAUGACGAUAAACGUGCCAGGCAGAUCCUCGAAGCUACUACUGUACGGACGGAGUCAGGUCGAUUUCAAACCGGCUUGCUUUGGAAAUACGAUCAUGUGGAAUUCCCGAACAGCUGGCCCAUGGCGGAAAAGCGAUUCCGCUGUCUCGAGCGUCGUCUAGCAUCCAAGCCUGAUCUAUUCGACAACGCGAAGACUCAAAUCUGCCAAUAUCAAGUCAAGGGGUAUGCUCAUAAGGCGAGUCCAGACGAACUAGCUAGCUUCGAUCCUAAGCGGACUUGGUUUCUGCCACUGAACGUUGUCACGAACCCGAGGAAGCCUAACAAGGUGCGGCUAGUGUGGGAUGCGGCCGCCAAAGUUCAAGGCCAGUCGUUCAAUUCUGCUCUUCUGUCUGGUCCGGAUUUUCUCGCACCGCUUCCGGCCGUUCUGUCUUCAUUUCGCCAGUUCGAGGUAGCUAUUAGUGCCGAUAUCUGCGAGAUGUUCCACCAGAUCUUGAUUCGCCCUGAGGACUGGUCGGCUCAACUAUUCCUAUGGAGAGACGAUCCGUCCAAGCAAUUCGAGGUGUUCGUCAUGGACGUAGCGACGUUUGGCUCCACCUGCUCUCCUUCUGCAGCCCAGUACGUAAAAAAUCGGAAUGCCGAGGAGUUUGCCGACGAGUUUCCGCAGGCAGCGGAGGCGAUAACGAAGCACCAUUAUGUCGACGAUUUUUUGUGCAGUGUGGAUACCGAACAGGAAGCAGUGGAACUUGCAGAACAGGUGAAGUUAGUGCACUCGAAGGCUGGAUUUGUUAUACGAAACUGGCUAUCGAACUCGAAUCACGUUCGUACACGGGUCGGGGAACAAAAAACGGAAUCUGCGAAGAAAGUUUGGAUCGAUAAGUCUGCCGCGUACGAACGCGUUCUCGGCAUGAUCUGGAAGCCGGAACUGGAUGUUUUCGUAUUCCAAGGUGUGUUCAGGGAAGAAAUCCAGGCUCUUCUUCUUGGUGACGUCGUUCCGACCAAACGAGAAGUUCUACGAACCGUGAUGAGUAUCUUCGACCCCAUCGGACUGGUAGCCAUCUUCGUAGUCCACGGAAAGGUGCUUGUGCAGCACAUCUGGCGCUCCGGAAUCGGUUGGGACGAACGCAUCUCGGACGUACUUCUGGAGCAAUGGCAGCGAUGGAUCAAAUUACUGCAGCAGCUAGACCGAAUCGAAAUCCCACGUUGCUACUUCCCUGGCUACUCCUCUGAAGAUUACGGGACUGCGGAGCUGCACAUAUUUGUGGACGCAUCCGAGGAAGCCUUCGCAGCAGUGGCUUAUUUCCGGAUUGUCGAAGGAACAACAGUUCGAUGCUCGUUGGUGUCGGCAAAAACGAAGGUUGCGCCUCUGAAGCUAUUAUCCAUUCCCAGGUUGGAGUUGUCAGCAGCUGUUCUUGGAGCCAGGCUUUCAAAAUCUGUUGUUGAGAACCACACGAUUCCGAUUAGGCGCAAAACGUUUUGGAGUGAUUCCUGCACCUUCCUCUCCUGGUUGCGAGCAGAUCCCCGAAAAUAUCGGCAAUUUGUCGCAUUCAGGCUAACUGAAAUCCACGAUCUCACGCAGGUCGAUGAAUGGCGCUGGGUGCCGUCUCGUUUGAAUGUGGCCGACGAGGCUAUAAAGUGGGGAAAAGGCCCCGAUAUCACUACUGGCAGUCGCUGGUUUCAAGCUCCAAAGUUCCUCUACGAGCACCCAGAUUCGUGGCCCCAGCAAACAAUGAAAGGCAACGAGUCGUCUGAGGAGCUUCGUCCGGUUCACCUUCAUCACGACGUAGCCCAGGAACAACUGUUCCAGUUCGUGUUCAACAUUCGUUGCAAAGCUAAGAAGCAACCUACAAACUGUACAGAAUGGCUAAGUCGAGAUGAACUGCAGCGAGCGGAGACAACUAUUUUCAAGCUUAUCCAGCACGAAACUUUCGGGGACGAGAUCGUUAUUCUCAAGCGCAAUCAGCAACUUCCUGCUGGUGAACAACUGCAGCUGGACAAGACCAGCAAGAUUCGCAAGCUUUCUCCUUUUCUGGACGAGCAGGACGUCAUGCGAAUGGACGGUAGAAUCGCAGGUGCACAGCAGGUUUCGUUCGACUUUAAGUUCCCAGUUAUUCUGCCCAAGCGACACGGCGGCACUACACUUCUGGUCGAUUGGUACCAUCGGCAGUACAAGCACUGCAAUGCGGAAACUGCGGUGAAUGAAAUGCGUCAAAGGUUCCACGUGUCGGAGAUGAGAGUUGUCUUCAAGCAGGCCGGAAAGCUGUGUCAGUGGUGCAAAGUCUACAAGGCAGUUCCAGAAAUCCCGAGAAUGGCUCCAUUGCCACAAGCAAGGACGGUAUCACACGUUAGGCCAUUCACUUACGUCGGCGUGGACUACUUUGGGCCGAUGUUGGUGAAGCAGGGACGCAGCGAGGUGAAACGUUGGGUCGCGUUAUUUACCUGCUUGACCAUACGCGCAGUGCAUCUUGAAGUGGUGCACAACCUCACAACGGAGUCCUGCAAGAUGGCGGUAAGGCGUUUCGUUGCACGGAGGGGGGCCCCGAGGGAAAUCUUUAGUGAUAGAGGAACGAACUUUGUGGGUGCAAACCGUGACCUCAAGAUGGAACUCCAGCAGAUCAACAGCAACCUCGCUAGUACCUUCACCAAUACGGAUACUCAGUGGCGUUUCAAUCCUUCUUCCACGCCGCAUAUGGGGGGAUCUUGGGAGCGCAUGGUCCGGUCGGUGAAAGGCGCGCUGGCAUCACUGUCUACUGGAGGUAAGCCGGACGAUGAGACCCUUCGGACGCUCCUGGUGGAAGCGGAAUCCAUCGUAAAUUCGAGGCCGCUGACGUAUCUCCCAAUCGACUCUGAGGAGCAGGAAGCUCUAACGCCAAACUGCUUCCUCAUGCUGAGCACCAGCGGCGUCAACCAGCCGGCCAGAGAGCCGAUCGAAGAGAGGGCGACAGCGAGGUGUAACUGGGACCUGUGCAACCAACUGUUGGACAGAUUCUGGGCGCGGUGGAUCCAGUGGCGUAGCAAGGGGGUUGUGCGAUCGGCCGAAGUGCGCGCGUGGUCGGAGUGGUGGAUAGAUUCCACAGAAGAAUCGGCGUUGCUAGCUGCAGAUAUCGGCGGCAUUGUUCUGCACGUUUACCAUUGUUCCUGCGCUGGUGAUGUUGAAACGUGGAUGAAAUCCACUGCGGCGGUGAAGUAUUUCGAAGCUGAGGAAGAGUUGCUUGCUGUUGCUGGGGCGAAGAAGAUCCUGUUGCUGCUGCUGGUCGGCGGUCAUUGCAUGCGGUGUGGCCAACGAACCGGAGAAACACUUUUCACAGGGAAGUAA